AUGGAUGCAUUAGGUUCAGAAUGCAGUAGUGGUUGUGAGUCUGGUUGGACUCUAUACCUUGACCACUCUUUCCAUACCUCCUCACAAUCACAUACACCUUCUCUUGACCAAACUAAACACAUAAAGGUUCAAUAUGAUGAACAAGAGGACUCGUCCAUGGUUUCUGAUGCUUCUUCUGGGCCUCCGCACCGUGACUAUUCUCCAUCCAAGCCCGCAAAACUUGCCAAGAGAAGUAAAAAGAGACAGAAAGUUAAAGAAAAUACAUUACAGCCUACGGUGCCGCCAUGGUGGGCAUCGCAUCACUACUGUCCUGUAUUGUGA